ACCAUGGCAAAGAAGGUGGCAGUGAUUGGAGCUGGGGUCAGUGGCCUGAUGUCUCUCAAGUGCUGUGUGGAUGAGGGACUCGAACCCACUUGCUUUGAGAAGACUGAAGAUAUUGGAGGACUGUGGAGGUUCAAAGAAAAUGUUGACGAUGGCCGAGCAAGUAUCUAUCAAUCCGUCGUCACCAACACCAGCAAAGAAAUGUCCUGUUUCAGUGACUUUCCAAUGCCUGACGAUUUUCCAAACUUCCUGCACAAUUCUAAAGUCCUGGAAUAUUUCAGAAUCUUUGCCAAGAAGUUUGAUCUACUAAAGUAUAUUCAGUUCCAGACAACCGUCCUCAGUGUGAAAAAACACCCGGAUUUUGCAACCUCUGGCCAGUGGGUGGUUGUUACUGAGAACAACGGUAAGGAGCAAAGCGCUGUCUUUGACGGAGUCAUGAUCUGCAGCGGCCAUCACGUCUUCCCUCAUCUCCCACUGGAGUCAUUUCCAGGUAUCCAGAAGUUCAAAGGCCAGUAUUUCCAUAGCCGCCAAUACAAGCACCCAGAGGGAUUUGAAAAGAAACGCAUUUUGGUGAUUGGAAUAGGAAACUCAGCCUCAGAUAUUGCAGUUGAGUUGUGUAAGAAGGCUGCUCAGGUGUUUAUCAGCACCAGACAUGGUUCCUGGGUCCUGAGUCGUAUCUCUGAAGAUGGCUAUCCCUGGGACUUGACAUUCCUCACCCGCUUUAGAGCCAUGCUCAACAAUAUCAUGCCACGAAUUGUUGUAAAAUGGGCAAUGGAAAAACUGAUGAGUCAAUGGUUCAACCAUGAAAAUUAUGGCCUUGUCCCUCAAAACAAAUACCUUUUAAAAGAGCCUGUCGUAAAUGAUGAUCUUCCAAGUCGUAUACUCUAUGGAGCCAUCAAGGUGAAAUCAAGAGUGAAAGAGCUCACAGAAACAUCUGCCAUCUUUGAAGAUGGAACAGUGGAAGAGAACAUUGACAUCAUUGUCUUUGCAACAGGAUAUACUAUCUCUUUUCCCUUCCUUGAAGAUCUUGUUAAAGUAGAGAAUAAUAUGGUCUCACUGUACAAAUUCAUCUUCCCUCCUCAACUGGAGAAGUCAACUCUUGCAUGCAUUGGUUUCAUCCAGCCCCUAGGUCCCAUUUUCCCAGCUAUUGAACUUCAAGCUCGUUGGGUAACCAGAGUUUUCAAAGGCUUAUGUACCUUGCCCUCAGAGAGAACUAUGAUGGAAGACAUUAUCAAGAGGAAUAAACAAAGAAUUGACUGGUUUGGAGAGAGCAAAAGCCAGCUACUGCAGACCAGUUACAUCAGCUACGUGGACGAGCUCGCUGUAGAGAUAGGUGUGAAGCCAGACAUCCUUUCUCUCUUGCUAAAAGAUCCUAAACUGGCUGUGAAACUCUAUUUUGGGCCGUGCAACUCCUAUCAGUAUCGUCUGGUUGGGCCUGGGCAGUGGGAUGGAGCCAGGAAUGCCAUCUUCACCCAGAAACAAAGGACACUGAAGCCUUUAAAGACACGGGCUAUCAAAACCUCAUCUACUUUCCCAGUUUCCUUCCUGUUGAAAAUCCUGGGGCUUCUUGCUGUUGUGGUGGCCUUUUUUUCCCAACUUCAGUGA